ACUAAGUAAAUAAUAUACUUUUUUUUAUUUUGAUCCAAAAUAAAUUUAAGGUAACCUAUCACACGCCGCCACUUGUCAUGCCGAAAUAAACCUUUUCAACUACCAGCUGCAAUCUCCCAACUGCUUCUUCAUCCACAACGUCACUCUCGUCUUCCCAGAUAGUCAAUGCCCUCCCCACCGAUCUCUCUCAGAUCACUCGACUUACACCCAUCCACCCGUAUUCCCCAUGGCUCAAUAACCUGUUUUUCCAUGGCCCUACUCCUCCAGCACGCCCUCCACCUCUUCUUUCUCCUCGUCCCCCUCCGCCACCACCGUACGGCCGCCGUCCAGAUCGCCACCGAGUUCGUCUACCCCAACUUCACCGCCUCAAGCAUAAACUACAUCGAAAAAGACAACAUCUUUCUCACCUCCCCCUCCUCCAUUUUCUCCGCCACCCUCUCCUCCGACGCCCCACAAUCCCCAUUCAUCUUCUCCAUUCUUCACACACCGACCUCCACUGUCGUCUGGUCGGCGAAUCUCGGUUCCCCAGCACCUUACACCUCCGUGCUCUCCCUCUCCCCUGCAGGCCUCUCCAUCUCCCUCUCCAAUGGCUCCCUCCUCUGGUUCACCCCACCUCUUCCCCGCCCAAUAGCCGCCCUCCGACUCCUCGACUCAGGCAACCUCCUCCUCCUCGAUGAUGUCAAUAACUCUCUGUGGCAAUCCUUCGAACACCCUACGGACACCCUUCUCUCCUCCCAACGCCUACCCGUCGGCGCAUCCCUCUCCACCUCUACCGGAGAUUACCACCUCCUCGUGACGGCUGACGACGCCGUCCUUCUCUGGGUAAAUCAGCAAUACUGGCGACUGUCGGCUGAUCCUCGCUCGAUCAAAUACCACCACGAACCAACCUCUUUCAUGGCGGCCAAUGACUCCGGGCUUUACCUCAUCUCCGCCACCGGGCGAGCUUCUUAUGGCCUUAAGCUUCCUAAUGCGAAUCAUCAGUUCAUGAGAUUGGAAUCCGGCGGCCAGUUUCGCUUCCUUGAUUACUCCGGCAACCGCUCCGGCCUCGCAGAAGAGCUCCUCGUUCCCAUCAGCGCUUGCGAUCUUCCGCUAUCCUGCAGAGCGCUCGAGGUAUGCACGUUACAGAGGAAAGGCAUCACCUGCAACUGUCCGGUGUCUUUCGCAGGAUCCACUGCCGGUGGAUGCGUGCCGGCCGACAGCUCUGCUUUGGCCUCCAUAUCCAAUUGUGCCAUGGAACCAGCUUAUCGGAGCUUGGGAAAUGGAGUCGAGUAUUUCGCCAAUAAAUUCUUGAAGCCUUCGAGCUCCGGCGGUAACCUCUCCUCGUGCCAGACGCUUUGCUCGAGGAACUGUUCUUGCCUCGGAUUUUUCUACAAGAAUUCAUCUAGAUCUUGUUUUCUAGUAAAUAACCAGAUUGGAUCCCUUCUUGGUAGUAGAAACCAAGAAGUUUUUGAUAGCAGCGAGGGAUACGUUAAGAUUACAGCGCUAUCGCAGCUGGGUUCCAGCCGGAGCCCUAAUCUCAUUCCGAUACUCUUAACCUCCAUCGUUGUCUUCCUCGCUCUGCUCAUCGCCGGAAUUUAUUGGCGACGCAGAAAGAGGAUGUCUGGAUAUAGAACUUCCCCCAAGUUUGUAACAUUGAAGCUCUGGGCAUCGCCAACACGUGACAGUAUCUUCACCGGCGACGGCUUCGUCUCCGGUGAUCCUGACGAGAUCUGCAUCUUGGAUCUUCCGACACGAUUCACCUACGCGGAACUCAUCGCCGCGACGAACAACUUCCGCACCAAGAUCGGAGCCGGAGGUUUCGCCGAGGUGUUCAAAGGCGAUCUCCCAGACAAAACCUCCGUCGCCGUGAAGCGGAUCAACGGCGGCGCCAGCGGAAUCCAAGGGAAGAAGAAGGAAUUCCUCACAGAGAUCGCUGUAAUCGGCAGCAUCCACCACGUGAAUCUAGUGCGUCUCCGGGGCUUCUGCGCCGAGGGGGGUCACCGCCUCCUGGUCUACGAUUUCAUGAACCGCGGCUCCCUGGACCGAUCCCUCUUCGUCCCUGAAGCCCCCUUGCUGGAAUGGGAUAAACGAAUGAACAUCGCCAUCGGAGUCGCGCGGGGGCUUGCUUACCUCCACUCCGGCUGCGAUCGAAAGGUCAUCCACUGUGACAUCAAGCCAGAGAACAUCCUCCUCCAUUCAAGUGGGAGCGUUAAGAUCUCCGAUUUCGGGAUGGCCAAACUGAUGAGCACGGAUCAAUCCGGGCUCUUCACGACGAUGAGGGGUACGCGGGGGUAUCUCGCGCCGGAAUGGCUCACCAAUACAGCCAUCUCCGAUAAGACGGAUGUGUACAGCUAUGGAUUGGUGCUUCUGGAGAUCAUUCGGGGGAGGAAGAACUGGUCGAUGGUGGCUGAAGGGUGGUCGAUCGGGAGCACCGGCGUCGGAGAUAUAAGAUAUUUUCCGAUGAUUGCGUUGGAAAUGCACGAGAAGGGUAGGUAUUUGGAUCUUGCGGAUCGGAGGUUGGAGGGGAGGGUGAGGGAAGAGGAGGUGGGGAAGGUGGUUAGGGUUGCGCUUUGCUGCCUGCAUGAAGAUCCGGUGAGGAGGCCGACGAUGAACGAAGUGGCGGCGAUGCUCGACGGAACUAUUGCGGUGGAGCAGCCGAGGCCGGAGGGGCUUGGAUUUCUGCGGGUGUAUGGGAGGGGGUUUCUUUUCUCUGGCGAGAGUGGGAAGAUCAAGAGCAGCAGUAGCAGAAGCUGCUCUGUUUUCUCGCAAUACCUUUCUUCGCAGGAGGUCUCAGGUCCUAGAUAAAUCGUUUUGUCGAGA